CGUGUGUGUGUGUGUCUGUGUGUGUGUAGACUCGCACACAUUUGAUCGAGCGUUGUGCGGCAGACUCAGAACAUGACGCGCGCUCCGUUUCUCCUUCAUUCGAUUCGUUUCGACGCUCGACGGCUCGUUUGAUCGUUUGAUCCGGUCCCGAUGGAGGGAGCCGCGGCCGGAGGAUGCUCCGCGCUGCCGGAGGACGAGGAUGCGGUGGUCGGUGCGGGAUGCGGGACGGAUGCAGAUCUCGACGCUGCUCUCAAGAAGACCUGCAUAACCGAGAUGCCAUCUUCCUCGUAUCACUCCAGCUCUGGCCUUGAGAAGAAGAUCGGUCACAGACGGGUCGAUGCAUCCGGUGAAACCACUUACAAGAAGACGACCUCGUCUGCCCUGAAAGGAGCCAUUCAGCUGGGGAUCGGCUACACCGUGGGUAACCUGAGCUCCAAACCCGAGCGCGACGUCCUCAUGCAAGACUUCUACGUGGUGGAGAGCAUCUUCUUCCCCAGUGAAGGCAGUAAUCUGACUCCGGCACAUCACUAUCCAGACUUCAGGUUUAAAACGUAUGCUCCGGUGGCGUUCCGCUACUUCAGAGAGCUCUUCGGGAUUCGACCGGACGACUAUCUGUAUUCUCUCUGUAAUGAGCCCUUGAUCGAGCUCUCCAACCCCGGUGCCAGCGGCUCCAUCUUCUACGUCACUCGAGACGAUGAGUUCAUCCUGAAGACCGUGAUGCACAAAGAGGCUGAAUUCCUGCAGAAGCUGCUUCCAGGAUACUACAUGAACCUGAACCAGAAUCCCCGAACACUGCUGCCCAAGUUCUUCGGUUUGUACUGCGUUCAGUCCGGAGGGAAGAACAUCCGUAUCGUGGUGAUGAAUAACAUCCUGCCGCGCAUCGUUCGCAUGCAUCUCAAGUUCGACCUGAAGGGCUCCACGUACAAGCGCCGCGCGUCCAAGAAAGAGCGUGAGAAGUCCAAGCCCACCUUUAAAGACCUGGACUUCAUGCAGGACGUUCAGGACGGACUCCUGCUGGACGUGGACACAUAUAACGCGCUGGUGAAGACGCUCCAGAGAGACUGUCUGGUGUUAGAGAGUUUUAAGAUCAUGGACUACAGUCUGCUGUUGGGGGUUCAUAAUCUGGAUCAGGCGGAGCGCGAGCAGCAGAUGGAGGGAUCUCAGAGCAGCAGCGAUGAGAAGAGACCGGCCGCACAGAGAGCGCUUUACUCCACCGCCAUGGAGUCCAUUCAGGGAGGAGCGGCGUGUGGAGACUCCAUCGACACCGAAGACACGAUGGGAGGCAUUCCUGCUGUCAACGGGAAAGGAGAGAGACUCCUGCUCUUCAUCGGCAUCAUAGACAUCCUGCAGUCCUACAGACUCAUAAAGAAGCUGGAACACACAUGGAAGGCUCUGGUGCAUGACGGGGACACUGUUUCCGUCCACCGGCCGAACUUCUACGCUGACCGCUUCUUCCAGUUCAUGAGCAACACUGUGUUCAGGAAAAGCAGCUCGCUGAAGGCUUCUCCUGCUAAGAAGGGCCGUGUGGCGCUGACGGUGCCCAAAUUCAGCGGUCCCGGAGCGGCGUGGUCGUCCAGUCAUCUUACCUCAGAGAGGGACGAGAACAUCUAUGAUCUGAGAGGAGCGCGCAGUUUCCCCGUGCUGGAAAACGAUGGUCUGCAGUCUUGCACUCCUCCGUCUUUCGAGGAAGCGACCACGACUUCUGUGGCCACAACCCUGUCCUCAAACACCUCCAUAUCUAUCCCAGAGCGCUCUCCGUCAGACACCACAGAGCACCCGCGCUACAGGUCAGCAUCCCAAGAGUCUCGAAAAGAGAAGAUACAACGAAGACACACAUUGUCUCUAAAAGACGCUGAGGGAAGGAUGCAUGAAGUGGUGGAUGUGCAUGAAGAAGAGCAGCAGACCAUCACUGUGCAGGUGGAGGUCAAGAGAGAGAGAGAAGAAGAAGAGGAGGAGGAGGAGCCAGACGUCACUCUGACGCACGCGGUGAUGGAUGUUCCUCCUCCAGACACUGCUGACCUUGUCCCAGAAACAGCCGCUUCAUCAUCCGUUACCCAGGAAACCGUCUCCCAGGCAACACUUCCUGGUGACACCCAGACAACAGUUCCCGUGGAAACCGCUCCUCUGACAGGAACCGGGACCCUUGAAACAGCGCGGGUCCCUGAAGCAGCAGAACCGUUCGGCGCUAGCCCGAAAAUACAGCAUCCCAACGUGGACAGACUCUCAGAGGCUCAGAGCCGGGAAUCUCUGGAGGAAGAGGUCGCAUCCACCACGGACAUCUAUUUUUACGCUGAAGGCAGAUAUUGGGUUUAUUCUCCGGUGCUCCAGCGAAGAAAGCUCAGCUCCUGCAGUGUCACUCCAGAGGACAGGAGUUGGGUUUAUUCGCCCCUGCAUUACGACUCAGAGCCUCACAGUGAAAGCGACACAUAAUCUGGAUGUUCAGUAGACAUCUCUCUCUCUCUCUCUGCCGUUGGACUGAAGAGGUUUUGCUGGGACCUUUUCUUCAGGAUGGAGUGAAGAUGAACUGAAAAAAAAAAUAAUUUUCUACCUGGGUGCCACUUCCCAAUCAAUUCCCCUCAAAAACAACGUUAGCUCUCAGAAAAUCCAGUGUGUGUGUGUGAAUCCAAAAAUCCCUCAAAAAAAUCCCGUCCUUUUGCAUUGCAAGUUAUCGGCGACCCAUGAUGCACUAAUGUCUUCGAUCAUUCCAUAAACUCAAUCCUGAAUCCAUGCGUCCUGCGUGAUGCAUGCUUUUUAUUUUGUGCACAUCUGAGAUGUUCAGAGUGGAAUACAGUUCAAAUCUGUGAUCAGAGGAACAGGUUUGAGACUGAAAGCAUCACUGCAGAUGAUUGGAAACACAUGGAUGCUGUGAAACACUGGGCCGCAAAACAUAUCAGCAUCACCUUUGAACCGAGCAUUAGUCCUGGCUUUUUCUGUCAGUCAUGUACAGUAGUCAUUUCUUUCUCUGUAUUUUUUUAAUGAGUCAAAUUAAUUUUGUUAUGGUCCAUUAUUGGUCUAUUAAACUGUUUUAGAUCGUCUUCAUUAAACAUGCUGAAUUCCUUCUAUUCAGGUCAACACAUUGCAGAAAAUCAUUCAAUCAAUAUUUUUGUAUUAAAAAAAAAAAAUCCUAAGCAUUAUUAAAAUUAGAUGCAUUUACUUAAAAACUUAAUAUUAAGAUUUUUUGAGAACAUAUAUCUUUAUUAUACUUUAUUGGCAAAUUGUUUUUCUUCUUCUUCUUCUUCUUCCUAUUUAA